ACCUUCUUUACAAUUAAAAAGGUGGAAGGGAAGGAAGGUCUUUCCCAAAGAAGAAAGGAAACCCCAUUCCUCUUUUAUUCUAAUGGAGAUUGAAGAGAUCGAAGCAGUUCUGGAGAAAAUCUGGGAUCUACACGACAAGCUCAGCGACGAGAUCCACUCGAUUUCCCGCUCUCACUUCCUCAAAUCCGUCAAACCAGCUAAUAGAUCGGAGAAGAGGAAGAAGAAGAAGAGCCGUGGCGGCUUAGGGGAAGAAGAGAAGCGGCAGGGUUACGUCUUCAUCAAAGGACUCGAUGACGAAGAAGCGACGAUUCAAGAGGCGAAGAGCCUGUACGCGAUCCGCACCGCGCUCGAGCACCUCGAAGACCAGCUUGAGUUUUUCCAUACUAUACAUACACAGCAACGAACAGAGAGAGAUCUUGCGGUUGCCCGGCUUGAACAGAGCAGGAUACUACUAGCUAUGAGAUUGGCUCAACACCACGGCAAGAGCUACCGUGUCCUAGACGAAGCUCUCGCAUUUGUCGGCAGCAUUAAAAGCGAAGACGCUCGUUUCGUUUCGCCUGAUCACCUUUACAGUUCCUCUCCAAUCCCAACGGGAGAAAACCCUACACCUUGUGAUGGAAACAAGCCCAACUUUGUGAUCAGCGCCUUUGAAUCGGCUUUCGGGUUUGCCAAAAGAGCAUUUGGGUUCGACCAUGUGAGAGGGGUACUUGGAAACGCCGCUAUAUUCGCCAUAAGCAUGGUCGCUAUGCUACAUCUUCAUCAAGUGGCCACCAGUGAACGUCAUCAUCUACGGACGAAAGAAGACAGAGAAACAUACGGAAGAGAGAUGUCUUCAUCUGACAUAAGCUUGGACCACUUGGACGUGAUGAUGGCUCGUGGUUAAAGAGACUAGGGAUCGAACUUGUCUACACGUGAUACUCAGAUGCAUUUUGCUUGAAGCAGAGGAAUCAAGUACAAAAAGAGAAAACCAAGAAGAGAAGGGAUAGUUGUUUGCUCUCAUAUGGGUUUCGACAAAAACAACAAAAAUGUAUUUAGCUUGUUUGUUUGAUUUGUUGAUUUCAAGUGUGGUUAGGCGUCUA